AUGUCGAACUCGGUCGUGGGCGGCGUGUACCAGCAGAUCAUGGAGAAGGUGAUCCAGGCGUCGCAGAACGACUUUGAGGAGUCGGGCGUCGACCAGAGCACGCUCGAAGAGAUGAAGCAGGGCUGGCAAGAGAGGCUGUCUGCCCUCAAGAUUGCCCAUCUGCCAUGGGACCCCGCCCCCGAGCCCGUCCGCCAGCCCCCCACGGUGCCCUCUAAUGUCAAGGUCGACAAUGACAUGGCUCCCGCCCCCGCCCCCCAGGACGCACUCAACUUUCCCAACGCGCCCGCCAAAACCGAGGGGCCCUACCAGCAGCCCAUUGCAAACUAUCCCCAGGCCCAGCCUGCGAGCAACGGCUACAGCGGCGGCUACGACCAGAACUCCCACCUGGCACAGCAGCGCGCCGCAGCUCUGGUCCAGCAGCGUGUGCAGCAGCAAGGCAACGUGCAUCAGCAGAACUUUCCCAACCUUGCCCAGCAAGGCCACUUGCCCCAGAUGCCCAUGCAAGGGCAGCAGCAGCGUAUGAUGCCCCCACAGCAACAGCAGCAACAGCAGCAACAGCAGCAACAGCAGCAACAGCAGCAGCAGCAGCAACAUCAACGCCCGCCCCAACAACCACAACAGCAGCAGCAGCAGCAGCAACAACGCCCUCCUCACCAGAAUCAGAUGUACACGUCACAGACGGAUGGUCCGGAUGACGCCUUGGCGGACUGGGAAGCGUUCAAGGCUGCACGUGCUGCCACGGCUGUGGAACGCAUGGCAGCCGAUGACUUUAUGCGUGCCCGUGUAGAUGCCAUGGCCAUGCGCCAGGAUAGCGGUCUCAUGGUGCCUCUCGACUCGAUGCCCAAAGGCAAGAAGCGAAAGGCUGCGGUUCGUGUUCUCCAAGCAGAGGACGCUGCUGCUUCAACCCACGUGCCAGCACCUGCUCGCUUUGAUGGCGAUGACGAAGCCAAGCCAGAAGAGGACCCCGACGAUGCUAUCAACUCGGAUCUUGAUGAUUCAGAGGAUGAUCUAAACGACGGUGACAACAGCGACGACGACAUGGUUGAUUACAUGCUGUGUACCUAUGACAAGGUCCAGCGUGUCAAGAACAAGUGGAAGUGCACGCUCAAGGACGGCAUCCUAACCACGAACAAGAAAGAGUACCUCUUUCACAAGGCAAAUGGUGAAUUCGAAUGGUAA